AUGUUAUUAUUUUUGCUUUUUAUAUAUGUAAAUUCAUAUUUAGAUGCUAAUAAAAUUAAAUACGCUGUUGAUGCAGGCAAUCAAUAUUAUUAUAAGGACAGAUAAAAAAUAUUAUAUCGCUAUGAUCAAAAUUAUAAGGGUGGCUAACAAAUAAUGUUCUAUUAAAAGGCAACCUCAGAUUAAAGUCAUCAUUUGAUACCUCUUUAAUAUUUAGAUUAUUAUGUAUUCUAAACAUCUAGAACUGUAUCUAGUGAUCAAGAUUUUUUCAAAUAUUCAAUUACUAUGAGAUUGAAUGGGAAUUAUACUUUAAUUUUAUGUUUCAUUGAAGUAUAAACUAAUUUUAUAAUAAUAAUAUAUAGUCUGAAUAACGAUCAGCACGCUUUUUCGAUAUUUAUUUAGAGGAUGAAUUAAUAAAAGAGUAAUUUGAUAUUUACAAGGAAGCAGGAGGAAUAAAUAUUCCACUUUAUUUUGCCUUUGAAUUUGAAUUUGAUGGAAAAAACAUUAUAACUAAUCGUAAGACUAUAUAUCAAAUGAAUGAUAAUAAAUUACACUUUGAUGUUACAUUUAAAGGUAAAGGAGCUUCUGUUAGUGCAAUAAUUUUGUAUUAAGGUAAGAUAGAAGAUAUCUUAAUUGAUCUAGAAAGUGCUUUACUUUCAAAAGAUUAAAUUGAAGCUACCUUUAUUAAUUAAAUAGAAUUCGUUAAAGCAUUAAAACAAAAAGCAGCUCGUUAUGCUCAUAAAUAAAAAGGGAAGGGAAAUGAGAAUAUAAACACUUUAAUGAAUUAAUAUUUGAGUCCAUUUUAAAAAUUAAUCAAUAAUUUUGAUAUUGGUAAUAAUGUGUAUAAUGAAAUUUCUAAUGGUUUAGAUCCAUCUCCAUUAGAAUUAUUCUUAGAUACUUUAUUAAAUGUAUUAUUCUUCUUAUUAAAUAUUUAGAAUAUCUUGAUGCCAUUAGGAAAUGUGUUAGUUCAAAUUAUUGAUUUUAUUUUGGAUAAUAAAAUUCUCUCUACAAUUUUAAUGAUUAAUUUAAUAUUGUAUUAUUAUUGUUUUGACAACAAUAAAAUUAUGUUUGCUAAUGUUCCUGUUGGUUUAGUAAGAAAUUAAUUUAAAUUACCUAGGUUUUAGAUCCAGAGAUUGAAAGUGAAAUGGAAAUCAAUUAUAAUACAUAAUCACCAAAAUCACGACAUGUAAAUGUAUUGAAAUCAAAAAAAAAGAAGAAAUGA